CUGGCCCACACGUUAACUGAAUCCAUGCAAGAAUAGUGAUUGCAUAUUUCUUACAUCCCACACUUCAGAAUAUUGGCUGUAGAGUGGCUCCCUUCAAAGCAUUUGAUACAAUAGUAGAUCGCUGCUCCACACUGCACACACCUACACGCUGCUGCUUCAGAACACAUGCAGCAUUUCUUCCCCAAUGGCAUUGCAAACGACUCAGUGAUGGCACGCAGAAGUUCGGAACGUAUGUUCUUCCAGCUCGUCGCAUUUGCAGCUUCAUUUAUCUCGUGUAGAGUGGGAGAUGGUUCCCGCACAACAUCGUGAUCAUGAUACACAUCAGAGAAAACGACAGCAUGAUCUUCAUCACGAACUUCAUCAUGACGCAUUUCACUGCCGGAAGGAGCCUCACUCGCUUCUUCCUCUGCAGAAAUAGCCACACCACCUCCACCUCGCCUGCCUCUAGGGACUUUAGUAGCAGGGCUACUCGUACUUCUCUGGGUGACUUUUAAUCUUGGCAAUCGAACUUUCAUUCGCCAUGCCAUCGCAGAAUCUUUUAGCAGGCACGCGAUAGGUACAAAAGGGUUAUAGCGAAAACCACGGCCCAGUGGCCACGCGCGCAAAGUUCAAUGAUUUACCCACUUCCGACUGGAAGAAGGUUUCAGGAUCGGGUGCUGUAGUAUAGGCCUGUAGCCUGCUGUUCUCUCUCUGCAUGCAAGGAAAUGUGUGGACCUCGACUGGCGCUGGGCGUCCGACUGGCGUAUGCUAGUCUCGGCAUUGUCAUAGGUCUCUCCGUGUGUGCCGUGUUCCUCGUUACCUUCCACAAUCCACCGGCUGCCUACUGGGGGCUGGCUUCGGCCGUCUCUGCCACCCUCGCUCUUCUCCUAUUCCUCUAUCUCUACGCCUUCAGACCGGACACCAAGCCUCCCUCGACGGCCGUCCUGUUCGCCUCGGGCCUUCUCUCGGCCGCUGGCGUUGCUGCAGGAAUAGGCGGAUUUGCAGCUUACCUGGGCCUCGGCAUCAUAAAUACUCUUCACGGAGACGAUAGACCUUUGUUUCAGACGGAGUACAUUGUCUGUGUAUGGACGUUUAUGACCUUCAAGUGGUCAAUCACUUCCUAUUACUAUUCCAUCAAGACAUACAAAAUCAUAAAACCUUAUGAUUGAAAAUUCAUUAAUUUUUUAAUUACAAGUUUUAUUCCCAAAAGUGAACUGGUUGCCGGGUG